CCGGAUUGUUUAUUGAGCUCCCGAAGCCACGCGCCUGGCUCGCGAAAGCCAACGAGCAAGAAAGCGAGCGCGGGGGCGGGGCUUCGCGCGGAGCGUGCAGCUCGGCCAGGGGGUGGGGAAGUGGGCUCGUGUUGAAAAAGAGGAGUGCUGCCAAAGUUUAGUUCAGAUCGGCUACUGGGGUAGGUGCUCCCGAGUUAAGAUUCCAAGGCUUUGUGCACUCCAGCCACACGCCCCACGCGAGCGCCACGAGAGCCACACACAGUCUGUCAACAGCUCACUCCGUCGCACUCUGGUUCUCUCUGCGUGUGUCUGUUUCCGCUCAGCGAUCCUCUCACCUUGUUUUGGCUGCCAGGGAUGGACGGCGCGAUUGCAGCGGCGCACAUCAUGCAAGGUGCAUUCGCUUUCGGACUUGAAAACCGAAGUAACCUGGUGUCAGGGCAGGCUUCGGUGCAGGAGUGCGACGCCCCCUCCUCCGGCAACACCAACAAAAGUAAAGUGCUGAAGAGACAGCGCUCCAGCUCGCCAGAGUUGCUUCGGUGCAAGAGGAGGCUGACGUUUAACGGACUCGGAUAUACGAUCCCUCAGCAGCAGCCGGCGGCAGUGGCCCGGCGCAACGAGAGGGAGAGGAAUCGCGUCAAGCUUGUCAACAUGGGCUUCCAGACUCUGCGCCAGCAUGUCCCCAACGGGGCUGCCAACAAGAAAAUGAGCAAAGUGGAGACGCUGCGCUCGGCUGUGGAAUAUAUUAGGGCGCUGCAGCAGCUCCUGGACGAACACGAUGCCGUGUCGGCGGCUUUCCAGUGCGGGGUGCCUUCACCCACUCUGUCUACGAGCUGUUCGGCGGACCCCGGUUCUCCGCACUCGACCUACUCGUCGGACGAGGGCAGCUACGAGCACCUGAGUUCGGAAGAGCAGGAACUUCUAGAUUUCACGACUUGGUUCGACAGAUACUGAAAUAUAUAUA